UCGUGUUCUUGAGCUCUCCUGUUUCAUUCUGUGCCUGAAUCUGACUCUGCUCUCUGGAGCAAAGUAUACAAUCUUUCCGAGCAGUCCCCGGAUGUUUGUGCAUGCCAUUGUCAGCCGAGCUCGGGUUCUGCCCAUUGUCUUGUUUUACCUACCUUGGAAUUGGACGAUUGUAAGAUUGUGAUGUAGACGAGCAUUUGAGCUGCAAUUUUCGCCAGCAGCUGACGAGGGUUCGGGAUCUGUUUGGUGAGCUGGGAAUGUUGAUGGUAGGAAGGGAUUUUGACAACUACAAGGGCUACAUUGUUACUGUUUUCUAGCUGACAUGAGUGUCUCUCAAAGGGAUGAGGUAGACAUUUGAAAGGAUAGAAAGUACUGGGAUAAAUUUGCGAAGAUGCGUCGUCAAUCGGUGCAAAUGUUUAGGUCCGUCGAGGCAUUACCAGCUCAAGCUUGUAUUGGUUCAUUUCGAGGUUUGUCAACAUGCACGGCCGUGCUUGUUCGUCGAUUUGGUGGUCCAGAGGUGAUGGAGUACCGAAAUGGGGUGGCUUUGCCUGAUCUCGGACCUAACGAUGUCCUAGUCAGAGCUCGAGCUGUGUCUGUGAAUCCGCUCGACAUCCGCAUGCGAGGUGGAUACGGCAAAUCUUUGUUCCAGCCUUUGCUUCCCAUUGUGCUCGGAAGGGAUGUAAGUGGAGAAAUUUCAGCUGUGGGGAGUGGAGUCAGGCAAUUGCAGGUAGGGCAGGAGGUUUUUGGAGCCCUGCAUCCCACAGCAAUACGGGGAACGUACAGUAAUUAUGCGAUACUUGCAGAGGAGCAGCUUACAGCGAAGCCCGCAUCCUUAUCUCACGUGGAUGCGGCUGCCAUACCCUUUGCCGCGCUAACAGCAUGGCGAGCCCUUAGAAGCACUGCCCGAAUCCAGAAUGGGCAGAAGGUACUUGUAAUUGGUGGCGGAGGUGCCGUCGGACUUGCAGCUACUUAUCUAGCCAAGGCAGCUGGAUGUCAUGUUUCAGUAACAUGUGGAAAGAAAAGCGUGGAGAGGGUCAUGGAGGCUGGUGCUCAACAAGCUGUGGACUACACCUCAGAGAACAUUAGAGAGCAACUGAAGGAUCGAUUUGAUGCCGUUUUGGAUACAAUUGGAAUGCCAGAGACCGAGUCUCUGGGUAUUAACGUGCUCAGGAAAGGCGGCCAUUACCUCACUUUGCAGGGUGAGAUCGUGUCAAUGGCUGACAAGUACGGCCUCCUUGCCGGUGGUGCUGCUGCAGCCGCAAAAUUGGUUCAAAAGCAAGUGCAGUAUAAACAAUCACACGGAAUAGAAUACUGGUGGACUGUGAUGAGGACUGAUGCUGAAGCGUUGGAAGAGAUAGCACGUCUGGCUAAAGAAGGGUCUUUAAAAGUACCCGUUGGCAAGACCUUCCCACUAGCCGAAGCAGCAGAAGCACACAAAGCAAGAGAAGGGAAAAAAACAGUCGGGAAAGUGGUGUUGGAAGUUGAGUAGUGCAGAGGUAUAGAGAGAAAUUCUCAAAACUGGGAAAGGCACGCAAUUCGGGCGCGUGGUUUGAAGGCACUUUAGUUCUUUAGUCGUGGAAGUCAUUCCAUAGAAAGCGGCGUGAAAGAAGGCUGUAGAUUAUUCUUACUAAUUCGCCCUUUGCUUGAUCGCAAAUCAAUCGAUAAGCAGCCCAGAGACAGAAAACUCUAUCCAGGCGUACAGUUUUGACUCUGGACUGUAGGAAUAAGGGCUUUUAUUGACUCAGUGAAUAUGAACAGAGUCUCGUCAUGUGGUGUAGCUAAUGUCUGGGUCAGGAUGGGAAGCCCCAGAGAUCAGAGCAAAUUGAAGUUAAAGAUCUGGAUAAAAGACUCUCCAGAGAUGCUUGCUGCCAACUAGACAGGAGAUGACAGGGUUGUGGACAUUUUUGAUGAGGAACGCGUGAAGUGGACACUGAAGCCUUUCCCCGAAAGAUGGCCGAAACUCCUUCCAAUCUCUCGUGAUCUGAAGAACUUAAGUUGAGACGAGGAAGCACUCGCAAGAUAUAUACUUGUACCGGUUAUCAGUUAUGAUGGAUUAUUUCAGUGACGUUAUUACCGCCAGUCGGUUUCAUCGUGUCCGCCAUUGUUUCCGACUGAACUCACUUCAGCUGUCCUGAUGCAGUCGGAUGUAGCAAACAAAAGGGGCCUCGGCGUCACCUUUGUGACACUACCGGUACUAGUAUCGAUGAUCAUGCAUGUGCCUGUUCUUUCAUACUGUAUUGUUUUUUCCCGGCCGUGUUGUAUGCCUUCGUGCAUAACACGCAAGGAAUGAGGUCGGAAGGAUGUAAGAAGUGGCAUCGACAAUCAGAAAGUCGGAAGUGUCGCAGGAGCGCUGCUCUAAACCAGCUGCCAGUGCAAGCCUUCACAGAAUAUUGCCGAUCAUCACACGUGCAGAAUCGGUAUCGUACACAUUUAACUUGAAAGAUUUGGUCCAGUUGGCUUCGAACCAAACUUGCCCUGUGAGCGCACCAUGAUGUACUCUCUCUCAAUCUGAAGUAAUGGAGUUGCCUUAACGUGGAGCAGAGCAGCUGAUCAAAGUACAGCGAGUGUAAGCAAAAUACCGAACAUGGAAGCCAAAGAACGAUCACAUGACGCAAGUCUGCGUCCAUGUCCUUUUUGAGCUGACGCAGUGGAAACCGAGGCGUACACAAGGCACGAAGAUAUUUCUGCAAGGAUCUUUACAUCUUAAAACUAAUUAACCAUCUCUGG